AUGGACGCAAAAGACGUAUGUGUGGAGAUUGAGAACGAUGAAUUCUAUAGCAAGUUUUUAGUAGACACUGUGAAGCCGCUAGUCGGCGAAAAUAUAUCUGUAACAGACCAAGUAAAUAAACUUGCUCAAGGCAUCGAAAAACUAAGUAAAAGUUUAGAGAAGCAAGUCCUAGCGAAACACAACGACCUUUUAACACAGGCCAGUCAUAUAUCUGAUUUGGAAACCACGUUGGAGUCUGUACAAUCUCAAGUUCAAGGCUUGUUACGUGGAGCACAAAAAUUACAAGAACGCGUUCACACGCCGUAUUAUGCGCUAGAAAACCAAACAAGAAUGCUUGAAAGAGUGCAAACAACAUGCAAUUUACUGCGACACACGUCCAAGAUUUUAGUUUUGUGGAAUAAAUUGUCAAGUAUUAAGGAUAACCCUGCUAAAGAGGCUAUAAUACUCUUUGAACUGAAUGAGCUGAUAAGCGAUUACGAUUUCGAAGGAAUAGUCCUACUAGAAGAGGUAUUGAAGGCAGUCGAACAUAGAAGAAAGGAGUUACUAGAUAACUCAACAAUAUUGCUGCAAUCAAGUUUGUUGAAUGGAGAUAAAGUAAAACUUCUUCAAUGUUUUAAAGUGUUUCAUAAUCUCCAAUGCACUGAGGAACAGAUUAAAAAUUCAGUCCACAGUAUACUCGCUGAUCUGAAAAAGGAGAUUGUUAAUGCCCUGAAUGUUCAAAUGGUACAAAUUGAAGUAAAAAAGUCUAGUUCUGGGCGUAUUGCACCUGGGAAAGCCAACAUUAUGAAUGCCCAAGACUUUAAGAUAAAACUAUGGGACAAUAUUGAGAAACUCUUCAAAGUUGACAUCUACAAUAGCUGCACUAAAGUCAUAAUGUUGCAAACUGUAAUAAAUGAGCUGCACGCCAUUGGGAACUUCAGGAAUAUUGCCAAAAAUUUCUGGACUGACUUGUGCAUUGUUUUCAGCAAUGAGCUUGAAAAGAGUCCCACGAAUGUCAACCAAUCCAUUGAGAUAGAUUUCCCGAAACUGCUUAAAUGUUUCAAUGAUCUGCUCUCAAGGCUUAAAUGCAAAGAUUUGGAGUUAAACCGUACUUGUUUAACGAAAUGGGAGAAUUUUUUCCUUUCAAAAUCUUUGGGCAAACUACUAGAGCCUGUUCGAAGCAUGUGGCACUUAAGUCAAGUUCCUAACAUGGACCAAAUAGAUACUGCAAUUAGGAUUAUAUCGGAAGCUUUGAGCAUUUCACUAGGAGACAAACAGUUGAGCAUCAGCUUGGCUAACAGUGUUGCUAAAAGUAUAAAACAAAUGAAUGUUGAGGCUGAACAACGACUGUCCUUGGACAGCGAAGUAGCCCAAAUUAUUGAGCCACCAACAAGUACUCAACAGAAAAAUGCUGAUCUUUGCAAUUCCUUGCACUACUUUUCAUCACAAAUCAAAAGACUUCUUGUCAAUAUGAACACCAUGUUACCACCAGAGAGUAUUCAAAUAGUUCAAAACAGCCUUAAAGAUAUUUCCAGCAUGCCUGUUUUACAAUUAUUUGCAGAAUCCAUCAAGAACUCACUCUAUAUCAUACUUAUGACAAUGCAUGAUGAACCAGAUUUAGUCCGUGCUGAUGACCCAACAGGCAAAAAUUUGUCAUGUUCCCCCUAUAUGAAAGAGUUACAACAAUUUGUAUCUCGUUGCAAAGACAUCUACUUGUCAAUGUUCACUGAGAAACCAGCUCUAAAUGAAUGUUGUUUGAACAUAGCAAGAGCUUGCACGGAACGGUUUGUUCAGCACAUUUGUAAUGUCAGGCCAUUAAGUAAAUUUGGACGUGUUAAAUUACAGAUUGACUGUAAACAUUUGGAGAUUGCUUUAUCGCCUUUAGUAGCUGAUAUGACAGACCUCGGGGACUUCUACAGGCAAUUAAAAGCAUUACAGUUGCUUCUAGAGAAAACUCCUCAAGAAAUUGCAAAAAGUCAGUCAGAAGGUGCAUCAUUACCAUAUUCAUUAGUGAUGAUGCUUCUAUUCUCCUAUGCGGGGCCUCAGUUAAUGGCCCCACAUACAUGUGCAGGCUGGAAUAUACAAAAGCUUAUGCAAUGGUUGGAUUCACAUAAGAAUGAAAGAGAAAGAUUAGAGUUUGUGGCUGGUGCCUUGCAGAGGUAUCAAAAUCAUAUAAGAAACAAUCAAAUUGCUACUUACGAUGAGGUGUACCCCAUAUUGGUGCAGUUGCUAGAAGAUGGUAGGAAGAAUUUAAAAAAAUAGUAUUAUUUAAUUAUUCCUUUAAUGUCAUAAAGAGAUUUUCAUAUUUGGGGCCCUUUAAGUUUUUAUUAUUAUUAUUGAAGUGUAGUGAUUACAAUCUACUUUAGCCCUACUUAACUAUGAUUGUUUACAUAAAAUCAGUCUUGCAGAUCGUAGGCAAAUAUCUGACUUAAUUAGUUUGCAUAAAAUUGUUAAUUCAUUCGAACAUCUGAACUUUAAAGUACUUACUCGGUCUUGUGUAUAUUCCAUAAUUUAUUUUACCACUGACAAAGAAAGUAUUUCCCAAAAUAGACCAUCAUACAGGUGUCAAAAGUGAAUGUUCUGCGACGGAAUGAAUUGUGCAAGCUAGCUUAUAUAAAGUGAACCGUUUGGGCAUGUUGACCAGUUGGACAAAAUAGACUGCCUGAUUCCUAAGAGGCUCCCAACAGCACCUAUUUCAAGGAAAGUAACAACAAUAUGUUGUUAAUUAUUUUCAAAUAUAUAUCGCCCGUUUCCCAGAACAAUAUGUUAUCCCUAAAACAUCGAGAUUAUAAUAACUACAUAACACGUUGUUCUGCUCGGCAUUUCUCUACGUGAUCGAAUCAGAAAUGAGAAGAUCCGUAGCACGAAAGUCGCCGACAUAGCUUAAAAGGUUAGCAAGUUGAAGUGGCAGUGGGCAGGGCACAUAGCUCGUAGAUCUAACGGCCGUUGGGGCAGAAAGGCGUUCAGUGGGACGGCCCCCUACUAGAUGGACGGAUGGCCUGGUAAGGGCGUCGGGUAACCGAUAGAUGCACGUCGCGUCCGAUCGGCUAGUCUGGAAAUUUUGGGGGUGGCCAAGGUUCAGUAGGACGUCCUUCGGCUGAUAUGAUGAUGAUGAUGUUGU